AUAAACCUUGGCCGGGACGGUUUGCACAGGGUGUCUGGCUCGCUCUCGCCCGUCGAGAUAGAAUUUUCUGUUUGUUUAGGUGGGUGCGGGUGGUGUCUGUGGGUGAUUUUGCCAUGAACUCGUUUCCACAUUGAGCAAACGUGCUAAGUGGUGUGGAUUAUCGUCCUCCAGCCAGGAUUUCCGCCCAUUCAUUUUCAAGCAGUAAUAUGGUGGAAAUAUUUAUCGUUUAGUGGUGGCGUCAUCACUGUUCAGGAACCAACCAAAUUGCCACCACUUCUCGAGGACCGGACAGCCUGCCGAGAUGGAUUUCUCCGAUGCAUUAAAAAUGCCGAUCAACAAAUCGCACGCCCCAAUACCGGGUGGUAGCAUCGUAAACGGUGGACCAGGCGUCGGCAGUGGGCACGCGGUCGGUGCUGCAGACCAGGGCGCUGGCUAUGUGACGGAAAAGCUGUACAUGCUGCUGCAGCUGUACCUGCAAAACAAGGGCUGGAACCCGUCGGUUGAGCUGCUGCAGUGCUUUGCCGAGCUGAAGGACACACCGAUCCUGCCGAGUGCGGCCUACCUGCAGGCGCUGGCGAGCCGCGUUGCGUUGGACAAUCAGGGCCGGCUGGUGCUGCGCGAAACGGGCAAAAUUGUGCUGCCGUACGAGCAUUUUGCGAACGCGGUCAUGCUGAAACACAUGUCCGGCCCGCACGGGCUGCAUCUGAGCAUCGAGGCAACCGUGCGCGCGGUAAUGGACUCGUACACCAUCGGGCGGGACAGUUUCGGCAUGGAGAAGGAAUUCAUCGUCGAGGUGGUACAAUCCUGCCCGAGCCCGGCCUGCCGAUACUACAAGGGUCAGCUUGGUGUCGGCCCGUUCAUGGAACAGCCGUCGUUCGGUGGGUCGAGCGCUGGCGUUGGCGGUGGUACCGGUGGGCCACCACAACCAGCACCACCACCACCCGGCGCGCAUCUCAACUCGGCGGAAUAUUUGUCCCAUCUGCAGCAGCAGCUGGGGCAGCAGAAUGUGGGCCUUUUCGAGCUCGGAGCAAACGAGCGCGAUCCCUCCAAAGCGCUCAUGAGUCAGGUGAAGCAUGCGAAACCGACCGCUUCGCCACAGCACCAGCAGCCACACAUGAGUGCGGCCAUGUUUCAACAGCAGCAGCAGCAGCAGCAACAGCAAAACCGUGCUAUUCUGCCUCCGAAAGCGCCACCACCGUUCGAUGGUUUCAGCAAUCUGUCUGCGUUCGAUAAGCAGCGCAUGCUGCAGCAUCUCCAAGACAAGCAGAAACAUUACGAUGUGGCCCAUAUCGCACCACAGCCGCCGCCACCACCACCACACGUCGUCGGCACGGCGGGUGUGUUGGGUGCGGGUGUAAUCAGCAAACAGCAACAGCAAGCCGCCAGCAUGCUGCAGCAGCAACAUCAACCACAGCCACAUCCGGCGACCACUGCAGCGGCGCACCAUCACCUGCACCAUCCGCAACAGCAGCAGCAGCAGCAACAACAGCAACAAUCGCAGUCGUCAUCGCAACCACCACCACUACCCGUACCGCAGCAGCCCCAACCACAUACCCAACCACCGACCAUGGUUGGGCCGUUGAUACCGCCGCCAAUGAUGAAUCAACCACCGCAACCACCGCAGCAGCAACAGCAGCAGCAACAUCAGCAACAGCUAGCGAUGCAAGCCCAUCUAAGCCAGCCACCGCUGCAAACGGUCAACAUGGACACCGGGCACAAGCUGUCGGACUACAUGCGCGGUGCGGUCGAUCCGCACGAGUGUGUGUCGACCGCUAGCAGCGAGCUGCUGGCCCUGCACAACGGCGCCUGGAACCGGGAACAGGGCGGCGAUGGUGGUGCCAUCAGCCAGGACAAAAUCAUCCGUGCGUUCAGCGAGCUGAUGCGCAACAUUGCCAAAAUGAAGACGUUCAUACGGCCGAGUAUGUGCAAACCGUACGGCAAACAGUCGGAGAGCCUGCAGAAGACACUGUUUGACACCAUACAAUUGCUGCAGAUGCUGCGCAACUGUCUCCCGGCACCACACAUACCGGUCUCGUCGUGGAAGGGCUCGGACGUCACCGGUAGCACCGAAACGACAUUAAAUUAAGCUACACUCCCGAGCCUACACAUAACCACCUACGCCAUAAACGUUUUUCAAGCCAUAACUAACUUCAGCAUAGUAGCGUAGACACACAGAAGAUGCGCGUUGUAGAAGGAUACUCGUCUAUUUCCAAAUCUAUUACUCUUUCAUCCUCCACUAAGCUGCGGCAUGCAACGUAAGCCUAAGGUAAAAUGAAGCUUAAGAAGACGCGUUAACACAGAGGGUUUAGUUAUGUACACCACACGUCCGCCUAGCUGCACACGAACCUUCCUCUUCUUUCCGCUAUAACCUGGUGGACCGACAUUCAAAUAGGAAAGAGUCUCUCUUCGGGCAGAAACCGAAGGAAAACCUAAGGCCGAAAAAUGAUUGUUCCCAUGCCCCGGGGGAUUAACGCUUGGGCUGAACACGGCUAAGCAAGCCGCUUAUAAUAAUAUUAAUAUUUUUUCAUAAUCUAGUCCUUGAAAGUCCCAAUCGAUUGCCAAAGAGUGUAGAACUCCCCCACCCCCAGCUUAGCAAGUAGUAACUUAUGUUUUUAUGCUUUAAAAAAAUCCCCCCCGAGUACGAAGAGAGAACGAGGGGGCAACUAGUGUAAAUUAUCGAUUAGAUAAAGAAGAGAAGGUGGAAUAGUGGAUGGAUUGCUUCUCGCUAUCGUACGAUUCGUGCAAAUCGCCAUCAUCGUAUAAAAUUUAUGAUGUGAUCAUGUUUUCCAAAUCUCAUCCUGUCCAAAUGUGCAAUACCGAAACCCAUUACCAUACCAAUCUCAGUUUUUUGAUGGGGGAGGCAUCUAGCGCACGCCCAAAUGCUCAUGUGUGAUCAUAUACCAAUAAAGUAAAAUUACAAUAACUUA